GGAAACAACCGAGUCCGACGCAACAAGCUUUGACAGGUUGCUAUGGGCGGUCGCAUGGCUACGUCGCAACUUGCUGCAUAUUCAAAACGUUGACAUGUCUGUCAAGCUUGGUUAUUUAUUUGUGACAGUUUAGGUGUGUUGAUGUCUUUCAUCUGGAAAAGAAUUUAACAAUAGCUGACGUCAACAUGUCCAUAAAAGAAUCAGGUACACAGAAAAUUACUGUGAUAGCUGCGAGAGAAAGAGGCCCUGGUCCAGGAAGGUAUGGCUUACCAUCAACAUGUGGGUCCACGGGCCACGAUUACACAAAACACCAGAAACCCGCCUAUUCCUUCGGCAGAAGACUGAUCGAUGACAGUUACAAGAAACACUGCAGCCCCGGUCCAAGGUACAAAAUCGACUCUACAAUCACACGACGGGGUGCUGAUGGGACUCCGGCGUAUUCUAUGUUGGCAAGGCAAGAGGGAUGCAAACCUUUUAAGACCCCAGGCCCUGGAGCUUACCGCCCGGAACAAGCUCACCCUCAGGGGGAGAGACAGGCCCCCAGGUACUCCCUGGCUGCACGCACCAGAUUCAGCAGGAGGUGUGGCCACCCAGCACCUAAUGCUUACAGCCUGCCCAAAGUUCUUGGGGCCAAUCAGCCUGACAAACAGGCCCCUCCCGUAUUCUCGAUGAGACCCCGCCAGAAGAUUGGAGGUUACCUGGAAGACUUGGCCAAGACACCUGGGCCAGGUCGCUAUGACGUCAUAGCUACCGAAGUGUACAGAGGCAGGGCUCCCCUCUACACCAUGAGGAACCGCCACUACAUGCCCGGGGAUAGCACACAGAAGCCAGGUCCCGGGGCGCAUUUUCCAGAAAAUGUGGUCAUCAACACUCGACAACAGCCUAGAGUCUCCAUGGGGAUACGACAUUCCGAGUUCAUCUGUCCCCUCAUUGUGCCCGUUUCCGACUAAACCAGUCAAACCACAAAGGUGCUUUAUCUGAUCCAGUCAGUAUUAAUUUUACCAUUUCCAGAAGUUUGAACUAGAGAAGUUGAUAUAUUUAAAAUUAUUUGUUUUACACAGAAAAAAGAAAAUGUUUGACUUCUCAUAAAUCCAUUUCGAUUUUCGUUUCUGUUUUCACUGCCACACUAUAUGUAUAAGGUUAUUGGGUCUUGAAAAUGGACAGUUUGCAUUUACACAUCUUAUCUUCUUUACACCUUUACGUUUGCUAUGAUGUAUAUUUCAAACUUUUGAUUGUCUUUUAUGUAAUAAAAGUAUGCAUUAGACUACUGUACAUUUGUAAUACGUGUUAAGUUUGGCUUAUUGAUUAACAGCGCUAACACGAAAGCUAACAACAAACACGUUUGGCCUUCGUGGGCUGCCAUAUUGAACGCGAACUACUUUAUUGUUUUACAGUGAUGCGUUGGUCCUGAUUUAGUCUAGAACAGCACAAUAUGCAUCCCCUUUUUCAUACUCUAAGUGUUCAAUCAGUUUAUUGCGCAAGGCUCUGCUUAGUGAUUCGCUUGAAUGCAGUUGUACAAGUCAAUAACUUUAGAGCUGUUCACGCCCACUGGAAAUGAGUGUAAAACGGCCGAUGUGGCAUUAGAAACAUUUAACAUGGUAAAAUGUCUAGUAUCGUUUUGUUUGA